AUGGCCAAGUUAUAUAUUUCUAGUUUUUUGCUGGUCAUCGCGGCCUGCGUUUGUAACAUAAACGUGUUUGUAGCUGCUGAAACUACGAUUGAAGAAUAUCCGUACAUCGUCUCGUUACAGGAUAUCUACGGCUCACUCGUCUGUUCUGGUGCCUUAAUUGAUUCGACAACCGUUGUCACUGCGGCACAGUGUUUAAGUUUCUACAACAUAUCAUUUCUGUCUGUCGGUGUUGGCAAUUUCGCUAGAUUCGUACCAAUUGCCAAAACCAUCAUCAAGUCAGAUUUUGAAGUCGGCACCCUGGAGAAUGAUGUGGGCCUCGUGAAAUUGGCAGAAGAAGUGAGUGUUGGUACCAUCGCACCAGCCACGAAAGAACCAAAUAUCGAUGUUAGUAGCGUGGUGACCUUUUGGGACUCAGACUACAAGUUGGUGGAUACAACGGUGAGACGCAUUAGCCCUCAGGAAUGUGGUACAGGAUACCGCUACGAAGAAUGGGAAAUAUUACCCGGAAUGCUGUGCGGAUUUCCGAAAGAAUGUGGCGCUGAAACCGGAAGUCCUUUGGUUUCAAACAAUAAAUUGAUUGGUGUGGUUUCCUGGGGUUCUGUUUGUGCUAACAAAGAGAGUCCAACUGUCUUCACUGAUAUUGCAUACGAAGCAUCGUGGAUCACCGAAACGGCUAGAUCGCUUUAA